AUGAAGCUUUCGCGCAUGCUCCUCAGCCUAGCCAGCCUGGCGCUGGCUACAGCUCUCCCCAGAAACACGAACAAUGCCGCCACCACCGCCUUUCCCAGCACCUCCGGCUUGCAGUUCAAGAUCGAUGGCAAGACCGGCUACUUCGCCGGCACCAACUCCUACUGGAUCGGCUUCUUGACGAACAAUGACGACGUCGAUCUGGUCAUGAGCCAGCUGAAGGAGUCCGACCUCAAGAUCCUGCGCGUCUGGGGUUUCAACGACGUCACCACCAAGCCCACCGACGGUACGGUCUGGUUCCAGCUGCACGCGAACAGCACCUCCACCAUCAACACGGGCGCCGACGGCCUGCAGCGCCUCGACUACGUCGUGACCUCCGCCGAAAAGUACGGCGUCAAGCUGAUCAUCAACUUUGUCAACGAGUGGGACGACUACGGCGGCAUGGACGCCUAUGUGACGGCCUACGGCGCCUCCACCAAGACGGACUUCUACACCAAUACCGCGAUCCAGGCCGCGUACAAGACCUACAUCAAGGCGGUCGUCUCGCGGUAUAGCAGCUCCUCGGCUAUCUUCGCCUGGGAGUUGGCCAACGAGCCGCGCUGCCAGGGCUGCGAUACCUCGGUGCUGUACAACUGGAUCUCUGCCACGUCCAAGUAUAUCAAGUCUCUAGACUCUAAGCAUCUGGUCACGAUCGGAGACGAGGGCUUCGGGCUCGACACCGACUCCGAUGGCAGCUACCCCUACACGUACGGCGAGGGGCUCAACUUCACCAAGAAUCUGGGCAUUUCUACCAUCGAUUUCGGCACUCUGCAUCUCUAUCCCGAUAGCUGGGGCACGUCAUACGACUGGGGCAAUGGCUGGAUCACGGCUCACGCUGCAGCAUGCAAGGCUGUGGGUAAGCCGUGUUUGCUGGAAGAGUACGGAGUGACGUCCAACCACUGCACCGUCGAGAGUCCAUGGCAGCAGACGGCCGGAAACGCCACUGGCAUUUCUGGAGAUUUGUACUGGCAAUAUGGAACCACUUUCAGCUGGGGCCAGUCGCCGAACGAUGGAAACACCAUCUACUACAACACGAGCGACUUCCAGUGCUUGGUUACGGAUCACGUGGCGGCCAUCAACGCGAAGUCGAAAUAG